GCGAGCUGCCAACGUCGAGACGGGGCGCGACUGUAAUGCGUUUACAGUUUUAUUUUAUUUUCGUUUAGUUUGCCUACAAAAUAAAAUAUACACAAAUAUCCUUUAUAAAUAUUUUAUAACUGUGAAAAGUGCUUCAUUUGUUGGUUUUCAGUUGCAUUUUUUGUGCACGUUUUUUGCUUUUUUUUUGUUGUUUUUUUGUUCGUUUUGUUUGUUGUGCGAAAAGCGAAUUUUAAUAGAGUGACGGCAGGAAAACAAAAUUACGUGGCAAACAAAACAGAAGAAAAAAAGUGUGAAUCAACAGAAAAUUGUAUUGCUGUUCAUAAACAAACGGCAACAACUGGCAUAAUGGCGCUCAUACGGGUGCUGGCUGUCAUCGGGUACUGCCUCGUGGCGGUCAGCGGCGGUGUGGAGAUCGAGACGCUGACGCCCAAGGCGGCCGCGGACAAAAUCGAGGAUGCAGUCACCACCAAGCUGACGCCCAGCCUCACGGCGGAUGCCAAGAGCAAAACGGAGAAACGUGAUUCAGCGGAUCAGACAGGAGCCAUCUUUCCGGGCAGGCCCACAAAGGAGACACCGUUCCGGCCCAUCUAUCCAUCGGCCAGCUACUAUGAGGCGCCAACGCAAAUCUUUGGACCCACAACCGUACGCUACACGGCAGCGGAGGCGGCACCGCAAACCUACUACGAUAAGCCAGAGAGUGGCAACGGCAUUCGAUAUGCACCGUCCGGUGCUGGGCAUAAGCCUUCAGUGCAGUUCGCCCAGCAGGCGCAUCGCUUCAGCUUUGCCGCGCCACCGCAAGUGGAGCUCUAUCAGCGGCCAGCCGCCACUAAGUCGGCUUCAUUAGGAGCGGAGCAGCAGCAGCAGCAGCAGCAGCAGAAGCAACAGCAACAGCAACGGGAGAUUUUCAAUUACGGCGAAGUGGAAGCCGAGGGUGGAGCCAUCUAUGAGCGGGCGGGACCGCAGCAAUAUCAAUUAACUCUGCCAGUCCACCAUCAGCACAAGUUCCAGCAGCCGCAGCAGCAGCAGCAGCAGCCACGUGUGCAGUACAUCAUUGCCAUUCCACUCUCCUACAUGCGGCAGCUGCAGCAACAACAGCAACAGCAGCAGAACCAGCAGCAGCAACAUCAGUUAUUGGUGGCGCCACCCACACCAUCCGCCAGCCCGAGCAGCAGCACCACCAGCAGCAGCGCUGCACCACCAUCAACGGCAGCGCCUGGCCCGAGGCAUCAUCAGUCCUUUAUGCAGCUGCUUGGACCGCUGGCACGUGAUCAUCAGGGCUUGUACAGGCCCUACUAUCAGUCGGACGCAGCGAGUGCACCACUCACAGGCAUUGGCACCCCAGCUGGACCAAAUCCGAGUCCACCGAGCCAUCAACAGCAGCAAUACUUCCAGAUACCCGCGAGUCUGCUGCUUGCCGCCGCACAACAGCUGCAGCAGCAGCAUCAGCAGCAGUCCCAGCAGCAGGCGGUCUAUGCGAAGGCUGCACCACCGCCACCACCACCACCACCCAGUUACCAGCAGCUCAUCUAUCAGGCACAGCCACAGGCACAGGCGCCACAGCACCACCCACAGCUGCAGCUGCAGCGCAUCUUUCUGCAACCACCGCAGGCACAAACAUCAGCUAUCUAUGCCGAACAGCCAGGCGGCACUUUGUACGCAUAUCCGCGACUGAAGCAGCAGCAGCAGCAAAAGUACACACCAGCCACGGACUCCGUGGCAGCAAGGCCAACAGCAGCAACAGCAGCAGCAGCAGGAGCAGCAGGAGAUGUGGCAGCAACAACAGCAGAGGCGGCAACAGCAACACGUCCAACCGCCCAGCACUUACCCAUCGUGCACUACAAUCCAAUCUACGUGCAGGCACCCGCCGAGCAGCAGCAGCAGCAGCAGCAGCCGCAACAUCAUCAGCUUCAGCUGCAGCAACAUCAAUUUGCCAUAUUGCCACGUUUUAGCAAUAAUAACCCAAAGGCCGCUUACAAUCUGGGGCAUGAAUCAACGCCACCGAUUCAUGUUGUCAGAUUGUCAGCGGCUGGCGCUCCCGGCCACGGGCAUGGACAUGGGCACGGACCCGUUCCCUUCCACCAUUUCCAUCACUAUCAGCCGGGCUCAGUGCCGUUGCUGCAGCAACUUUAUCAUGCCCCGCAGCAGCAGCAUCAGCAGCAGCAAUAUGUAUCGCAUAUGCCGUAUGGCCACGAAGAAGUUCCGCUUCCUGGACCCGUAUCCCUGCCCUCGACAGUGCCUGGCAUGACUGGCGCCUCCCCAGCCAUUAUACCAUAUUUCAGUCAUCCGGGUGCCGUGCAUUAUGGCACGCAUUUGUAUCACCCGGCAGCGGCAGGGGCGGCCACGGCAGCAACAAAAGGAGGAGCAGCAGCAGCAACAGGAGCAGGAACAGCAGGAGCAGGAGCUGGAGCUGGUGUGGGUGUCGGAAGUGCAGCAACAAGCCCCAAGCAGCAGUCAACAAGUGGCGGACACUCACCAGGUGGCGGCAACAAUAUUGUCAAAUAUCCCUAAAGCAACUCCCUUCAACGCUCGAUGAGAUGGCAGCAAACAGGAGCAACAAUCGCUGGCACCUUUGCCGUAGAGUCUAUCAUUUACUGUGCCCCUGCAGCUGCGGCGUUUUAAUCACGAGAAUUCACAUCGAUUUUGACUGCUCCCACUCGAACACUGUUUGUUCCUCUGCCCCCUCCUGUUUGCUGCCCAAAAGUUUCGCGUUUGUUUUUUGUGUGUGUAAAUAUUUGUUACAUUUUCCAAUCGACUCGCCAAAUAAACAAUUACAUUUACACAUGUAUGCGGUUGCACUUUGUUAGCUAUUAAAACAAUUCAUUUUGUAUUAUAAGUUUAUGGUUUUCCUCCUGUUUUUUUUUGU